CCGUGUACUCCACCUGCCACCUGCUCGACAGGACGAGUGCAGUUUUUUUUAUACCUCGCGUGCGACCUUGCAGCCCCCGCUGACGUAACACUAUUCAUAUAACUGCGAUGUCCGCCGCGUUUUCAGAUACAAUAAACUACGAUGAACUUUGCCCCGUUCACUGGGCAUAUUCCGACGGCGGCAGCGAUCCCUACUAUCCACCAGUUCGCCGCAAAGUUUGGAUAUGAAGGUGGCGGGAGCAGCUCGGGUGGAGUGGUGCAGGAGACGCGCUACCAGGCGUCGGGCAGUGGCGGCGGCGUGCAGUUCGCGGUCACGCCGGGGACCGGCACCAUGGCUGUGGACGGCGUCAAGUUCCGGCAGGCGGAGAGCGUGGUCGUAGUCAGCAGUGCUCAGCCUGGCACGGUGGCGCUCGCUGGUCUAGCGCCCAUACACACAGGUGAGGUGAACACGGGCGUUAAGUACCAGACGAUAUCGGCGUCGUCAUCAGUGAACCUCGGCAACAUCGCAUACGGGGGGCAAGCGAGCUACGUGCAAGCGGAGACAGUUCACCAGCACCUGAAGGCUGAGCAGCGCCCUGAGAAGCGCGAGUACAGGGAAGAACUGCACCAUGACAUCAUGGCUACUAUGAUGCAGCAGCAUCAAGGGAUCAAUGUAGCGCAAGCGACACCACUACAGCAGGGCACUCAACAGCUCCUGGUUGUGUUACACGAGCCCAAGGAAGCGGCAGCCAUAGCGCGAGCCAUCAAGCAGGAAGGUCGCAACGAUCGCGCCGGAGCCACCGCCCCCGCUGAAUUUAUCAUAUCGUGUGCGUCAGGCAUCGGGGAUGUGACCGACAGCUCCACGUGGCAGACCCUGGGUGGUGGCGUGGCUGACUACCUGUCCGCACUGCCACUGCCGCUGCAUCAUCUCCUAAAAUACUCAACGCCAGCUAACGUGGUGGAGAGCAAGAGAGAGGAACAGCCCACUAUUGUGACGACGGUUAAUGCUAACGCGUUGAAUGCUAUGCCCACUAUCGCUACGAUGCCAGCGAACGCAGUGAACAGCGUGGUGGUACAGACUGCGACGAUAGUCAACCAGAACACCAACACCAUCGUCAUGUCCAAGAAGAAGAAGAAAAAGAAAUCCAUGAAGGAGAAGAAACCGCGACCGAAGCCGGGGGAGAUACGACUCACUACUGCUUUAGACGGCAGCACAUUAUACUGCUGUCCAGAAUGUCACAUGGCGUAUCCCGAGCGAGAAUUGCUAGAACAGCAUCUGGUAGGACACACCAUGGAGAGAAGGUUUAUCUGUGACAUCUGCAACGCUGCUCUAAAGCGUAAGGACCAUUUGACUCGCCACAAACAGUCGCACAACCCGGACCGGCCGCACGUCUGCUCCGUGUGUCUCAAGGCGUUCAAGAGAAAGGAACAGCUCACGCUGCACUUCGUCAUACACUCGGGAGAGAAGAGGCAUGUGUGCAAUGAGUGUGGGAAAGGUUUCUACCGCAAAGACCAUCUCCGCAAGCACACCCGUUCCCACAUAGCUCGUCGCGUCAAAGCGGAGAUGUCUCAACAAGGAUCAUCGUCAUCAUCCCCGCCGCUCUCUCACGCCGUGCCCGCGCCCGCGCCCGACCCCUCCUGACCGCACUCUGACGACAAGAACGACCUCCUCACUCUCAUCGCAGCUGCUAAGGACGCUUUUUAAGUAGGUGGGUGAUGAUGGCUCCAAAUGGUGGUGCCAAUAUUCGUGCCAACAAAUUAAGCGACUUCCAAUUUUUUGUAUAAAAACGUUUCCAAAAAAAAAAAAUAAUCACAAAACACCGAAAGGGACAAAAUGAAAAUAGUGACAGGCUCUUAGGAGUCAGUGGCUAAAUGAACACCGUCAACUGCUGACACCCACUUCUAGAGCUAAUAUCAAAAGUUUUAUUUUGUCCCUUUUGGGAAAAGUUUUUUCUUAUCACAACCAAAGUAUAGCUAAACAUCCAAUGUUGGCUCGAGUGUUGGGCCCAAGGUAUGGAGCCGAGGUAGUAGGAGGCGAGUUGAUUGUAAAUAGGUGAUGUGGAACAUGCUUGUAAAUAUAAGUAAGGAUGUAUUGGUAAAGUGCGAUUCGAUUGAAAAUUUUAACACGAAAAAUAUUUGACUCAGGGAAUUGAAUUUACGUUAUACUUUCGUUCGGCUUUUGGCAAAAGUUAGAAAAGAUGAAUGGAAUAAAGAUUUGGUAAAUUGAAACUGGGAAAGUGGGAAGACAUCAACUCUCCUCUCUAGUACAACUGUAUUAGGAAGACUAAAGUAUAGAUAGGACGCAUGUUAUUAAUAAACACCAGUAACUAACUGCACUGUGAGAUAAACUUAUCCCGAAGCAAUACCUUUUAGAACUGCAUUUAUGAAUACUUUUGUGUACGGGUAGUGUACGUCACAUGCUUAAUCGAUCUACUUUUAAAUAGCAGUAUUUUUAUUGUAAUCUGUAAAUAUUUUUUUCUAAAAGAAAAGGAUCUAAAAUGUUAUUUUCUGAUGUGAUAUGGAAGGUUACCAAUCUAGUCAAACGUUAGGUUUUAGUCUACAGACAGCCCAGUUUUUUCUGUGUAAACUGAAAUAUUAAAGUUUUUGAAUAUUUUGUAAAGAAAAUUGGCUGUCUUGACUAGAUUAGACGAAUGUUUUUAGCUUAAAUCAUUUUAUUAAUUCUAUGGUUAUUAUGUAGUGUAUUUAUGAUUAUUAGAUGCCUAUACAUUUUGUUAUUAGGAGCUCAAAAGACCUAUAAUUUGUUUUGUUAUUUGCGAAAUAAAUGUUGUGUUAAAUAUUAACUUUGGGGGUAAUGGAAGAAAAAAUAAAGUUAUGUAAGCUCACAAUUGUACCCUGGAGCCAAAGGUAUAUUUUGCUGUGAUGUAAAUUUUUAUACUUAUGUACAUUAAUUGUGUUAUGUUAUUUAUAUAAAUUUUAAAUGUUGUCACCUGUAAGGGUUGUUUUCGUUGUUCGUUUGAUGUCCGUCGGUGUUCAGUUCAGUGAUUUGAUGUAACGGUAAUUAAAUGUUUAUGCAAUAUAGCUGUUAUGUACCAUAGAAUGUUUGUUCAUAACUUGUAUAUUAGUACUAUACUAUAGUACGGGUAGUUCACAUAGGUACGUACAAAACAUAUUUUUAUAGUAAAAUGGACGUUCAGUCUUAGAUGUUCGAGUAACUUGUAUUUGAAAAAGUUAAAAAAGUACAAAAUCGUUUUUAACGUUUAUGUUGAGAUUGGAUUAUAUUUUUUUAAGUAAAAAAAAUAUAUGUUUGUGUUCCUAGAUCGCUGUAAUAUUAUAAAUGCGACAAAGUCAUAGAUGGAAACACAAAAUGAAGAAAUAACAAAAAUAUUAAAUAUCUUUACAUAUUAAAAGUAACUUUUUUAGAUUAUAUUGUUUUUUAUAUUAUUAUAUUCGUUGCAUUUGCUUGUGUCUAGUGUAGGAAGUGCGAAAUAGUAGCAUUUACAUAUAUUUUAUUAUUUUAGGUGACUGUUUCGAUUCACACCUACCCUAGACACCAGUAUAAAUAGGAAUCCUUAUAUACUUUGACAAGUAAUAUAAAAUAGUACAUAAUUAUAUCCAGCUUCCCUUUACCGACUUUGUGCUUUCGUAUUUUAACUUAAAUAUAUAACAUUUUACUUUA